AGUCCCCAUAUUCGCUGCGUGAACCCUCUCUUUCUCUCUCUUCCCCUCCCUCUCUCUGUGUCUCGCUCGCUGGCGCGUCGGCACGGACGACGGUGGCCAUGCCCGCCACCACGGCGAUCGUUCAACGGGGGAUUUGAAGAUCAGUACAUAUAGACCCAUGGAUAUGGUGGGCGAUUUUGGUAGAGAUGGGACGGUGAGUUCAGUUGGUGCUGAGAGUAGUAGUCAGGCGGUUGAUGAGAAUGAAGUGGGCGUAAGUGCUGUCGAAGGGGAGUAUGAGCAGGUUGUGGAGGUAAAGAUGAAUGACGAUCUGUUAGACAGGGACGACAUUCUCGACACCAUGCCACCGGUGUCGAUGCCCUCAGCAGAUGAUGAGCCCUAUGUGGGUCAGGAAUUUGACUCUGAAGCGGCCGCACAUGGGUUUUAUAAUGCAUAUGCUACCCGGGUAGGAUUUAUAAUUCGGGUGAGCAAACUCUCUCGGUCGAGGCGUGAUGGAUCGGCUAUUGGUCGGGCUUUCGUAUGCAACAAAGAGGGCUACAGGAUGCCAGAUAAACGUGAGAAAAUUGUCAGGCAAAGGGCAGAGACAAGGGUUGGUUGUAGGGCCAUGAUACUGGUGCGGAAAAUAAAUACAGGCAAAUGGGUCGUCACGAAGUUUGUGAAGGAACAUACUCAUACCUUGUCACCUGGCAAAGGCCGGAGGGACUGCAUCUACGAUCAAUAUCCUAAUGAGCAUGACAAGAUUCGGGAAUUGUCGCAGCAGUUGGCAAUAGAGAAAAAGCGAGCUGCAACAUAUAAAGGCAUCUCGACUAAUCUUGAGCACAUUGAGAAUCACAAUGAGAGUCUGGCAAGAAAGAUCCAGCACAUAGUAGACAACGUGAAGGAAAUCGAAAGCAGAGAGCAGCAAAGUUAGAGAUAGACUGCAGCAUCUCUUCCUUUUCUUUCCCCCUUUUUUCUUUUCUGUUGUCUGGUUCAAAUUGUAAAAUGAUGGACUGCGUGGCAAAAGAUGAUAUGAUGAAAUCCUUGUCGAUAUGUCUAGUUUUGAAUAGAUUACACCAACCAAUUUUUUAUGCACUUUCAUUUUAUUGUUGGUCAUGGUCCAUAUAGCAUUCAUUCAUGUAUCCAAUUGAUUGUUCUAUUCCAGUUCAGGUAUUCCUAAGUAACAGGAUUUUGGUU